UGCCAUGAGCUGGCCGAAGUAAAAUACAACUGAAAGGCUUAUCCAAUUCUAGCCUUCACUAAGUUGCUCUAUUUGUUUUCCUUCUAAAAUAAUGCUCUUCUAAUCAUACAGUUCUGUAGGCUUCUCAUGGGCAUACUGGAGAUGCCUUUGUCAGGGAAUUCAAGUGUUUACCAAUCAAUUACUCUUCUAUCAGUGCAUAUUUCUUAAUUGGCCAUGUUAGAGAACAGAUGAAAGAAAAAAAAACAAGCUGCAAAAGUUGACAUGCCUGUAAUAAAAAUCCAAGUGAAUAAGAUAAAUCGAUUAGCAUCCUGGCCGUCGAUAGUGUCGACGGCUGUGAUCAUCGCUGCCCUCCUUGACUUUGCAAAAAUUAUACUCCCAUAGUGCUCCACCUCUCACUCCCGGUUGGAAUAUUAUACUCCCGAAUUACUUCCUGCACAAGUGAAGCCCCCAAAAUUAAUGAGACAAUGUCACAUCUGAUGGUCUGAAUAUGCUCUCCCUGUGUAUAAAGUCGCAGCAAGAUCUACCAACAACCUUUUCUUACGCCGGCCGCCAUUGUUGCAAACUUUGUUCAUUCAUCCUUUUCUUUCCAUCUCUCCUCUCUGCUUCAGCAGCAACCAAACCCCAAUCUCACCAAGUUCCUGCAUGUCUUUGCAUGUUGAAACUGAUACUCUUCUCCAUCUUUUCAUUUCGACCGAUUCCAUUUAAUGCCGCCUAUAUAGUAUGAUCUGUUCAUCUUCAUCCUCCCAAUCUAGAGCUCCUUGAUUUUAUUUCUUCCAUUGCAUGCACCAUCAAGAUUGCACUUGAAUACAGCUUCAUUCUUGUUGCCUUGUUGUUGGUGCAACUGUAAAUAGAUCCUUGGGGGUUCUUGAUCCAUGGAGGGCGUGGAGGAAGCCAACCGGGCGGCGGUGGGGAGCUGCAAGAAGCUCGUGGCUUCCCUCGCGCGCUCAGGCGGCGACCCCUUCCGACCCACGGCCGGCGGCGCCGAGACCGACGAGGCCGUCGCCAUGUUCGGCAAGGUGGUCACCAUCCUCAGCAACAGGGUCGGCCAUGCCAGGGCCAGGGUCGGCGCCGGCCGCAAACGGAGCUCGCCGCCGCUCGAUCCCAGCUGCCUCUUGGAGUAUCACCCACCACCCCCCAAUAAUGGCUUCCGUGUCCAUGGCCAUGGAAGCUGCACUCCUGCUCCGCCGCCGCCGCCGCCGCCGGUGACGAGCAAGGAUGUGCUGCCGGCGGCCGAAGUUGACUACAGGGCCAUGUUCCUCGAGACGCCGCUCCUGGAUUUGAACGGCUGCACUGCUACUGCUCCUGCUACAGCUACAGCUUCAUCGUCCAUAGUGGCCAUGGCGGCCCCCGUGCAGCAGAUCAACACCUCGAAAUCCCCCGCCGUUACUACUAAUCCUCCUCCUCUUCCUCCUUGCGCCACCAAAAUCCAAUUCCACCAGCAUCUUAAUCAGCAGCAGCAGCAGCAGCAGCAGGGGAAGAGAGUCCAGUUCGAGCAGCAGCAGAAGGCCGCUCCGGGCGGCGGCGGUGGCGAGAAGCAGCAGUUCCACAUGGAGAUGGCGCCGAGGAGCAAGGAGCCGGAGGUGAUCAGCUUCAGCUUCGACAACAACUCGGCGUGCACCUCCUCGGCGUCCUUCUUCACCUCCAUCAGCAGCCAGCUCAUCUCCAUGUCCGAUGCCGCGGCGGCGCCGGCGCCCAGGACGAAGGCGGCGGGAUGCGGCAAGAAGGGCGAGGUCGACGCCGACGGCAGAUGCCACUGCCCCAAGAAGAAGAAGCCGAGGGAGAAGAGGGUGGUGAGGAUGCCGGCGAUCAGCGACAAGGUGGCGGAUAUACCGGCGGACAAUUACUCCUGGAGGAAAUACGGCCAGAAACCCAUCAAAGGCUCUCCUCAUCCAAGGGGAUACUACAGGUGCAGCAGCAUCAAGGACUGCCCGGCGAGGAAGCACGUGGAGCGCUGCCGCGGCGACGCCGGGAUGCUCAUCGUCACCUACGAGAACGACCACAACCACGCCCAGCCGCUCGACCUCUCCACGCUACCCUCAAAUUCAGAAGCCUGAAGCUAAUGCCAUCACUGCCGAUGCAAAGGCCAGAAGAAAGAAAGAACUCUGAAUCUUCGCCAUGGACAGAAAAUGAGAUGGGACUCUGGAUGUAUAGUUAGUGAGCACUUGAUUGGGGUGCAAUGCAAUGCAACUAUGGUGGAUAAAAUUCUCUGUGACUACUACUAGUACUAGUUAAGUUUUCCUUGUCGAAGUACUAGCUUUGUCUGUUUAAUUAUGGUGCAGAAUUCAUUCACGUGUUCACGGCUCA